CUGCAUUUGGAAGGCUGAUCUUGUGCGCAAAAAAUCCCUGACAUUUGAGGCGCUCCCGGGAUUUAGCGAGCAUGCCCAGUGGCCAAAGCCUGCUUCGAGGCAAGGGGCGUACAUUCGAUUCAUACCAAGCAUAGCCUGCGCGUCAAGUCGACUUUACAGCUGGCUGUAAAGGUUAGGAGGAACUGUCGCUACCGUUUUUGUCCGAACCAAUUCUUUUUAUACAAUAUUUGCAAGUAUUUUACAAACGACUUUCGUGCUGGGACGGGAACUACCUUUAAAAUCGUGUAGUUUAUUUUGCGCAUAGAAAAGUUUAAGUGAAGGCUGGGCCUUUAGCUGCUGUGUGGAUUGACCCGUCCACUUAAAAUCUAGCUGACUGCGGUCGCGUCGUAUUUUUUCCUCGACUCGGUUAAAUGCUUCUUACGAAGAUGGAUCUGUUGAACUAUCAAUUUUUGGACAAAAUGAACAACAACAUUGGCAUACUCUGCUACGAAGGCGAGGCGGCGCUGCGGGGUGAUCCCAGGAUGCACCAGUCCCUGUCAUCCUCUGGCAUCACCAACCACAGUCACAGGACCGGCCCUCCUCCAAUCAGCCCCAACAAACGCCGGCUGAGCCUCGGCACCGGGCCGGACCAACAGGACGGCGGGCUGGACCAAGACUGCGACAACGAACACAUGGCCAAGAUGAGCCGGUUGUUUGCUGCUAAGCUCGACUACCGUGGCACCAAAGACCCGCGGGAUCGUAGCCGCAGUCCUGUGGAGAGAGCCGCCGCCCCCUCCAUGGGUCUCCAUGGUAACCACCACCUGUACGCACCCCCCCAUCACCACAUGCCCAGCUUGGCCUUGGACCAGCCCCUCGCCCUGACCAAGAACAACAUGGACGCCGCCCGUACCCUGACCAUCUCACCCACCACCAGCCCUGUGGAGCGGCAGCAGAAUCGUCCGUCGGUGAUAACGUGUGCGCCCGCCAACAACCGCAACUGCCACCUGUCUCACUGCCCCGUGUCGCACAACGGCUGUUCCAACAACCUGUCUCACUGCCCCGUGUCGCACAACGGCUGUUCCAACAACCUGCCCAGCAACUACAGCCGGAGACCAGCCAGUAACUCCAACACUGCGUGUGUGGACCCCGUCAUUGAGGAGCACUUCCGUCGCAGCCUGGGCCGGAACUACAAAGAACCGGAGCCUGUCACUAACUCUGUGUCCAUCACCGGCUCUGUGGACGACCACUUCACCAAGGCCUUAGGAGAGACCUGGCUACAGAUCAAAGCCAAAGGAAGCUCCUCCUCCUCCCCUGACUCCUCCCCCAACAGUCACAUGGUCAACCACAACCACUCCCCAUCUGUCAUGUCUUGAAUGGAAGGGCUAAAGUGGCUUAAGCCUGCUAAACUCCACCCCUGUCCCUGCCCCACCCUGUUCAUAGCUCACUGUAAUGCAACACAUGGCUGGUUGCCCCACCCCCCUGGACCACUGCUGGGUGGGCGGGGUGUUUUUAUUUUGUUCCAGCCCUGCACUAACACCAUCACUCGGUGCACUGACUGGCUAGUACAGCAGGGGUUAUGUUCACAAGGCACCUUCUGUUUUUGUUUCCUAUUGCCACGUGUUUAGUUGUAGUGUCCACUCAUUCAUACAACCCUGGUGUUUUAUUUUAGUGCGGGGCUGGAGUGAAACCCUGCGUUUCUAUUAAGCUCUCCAUCCAGGAAGGCGGACUGUGGUCCCUGAUGGAAGGCCAUUCUGCAUGAUAUAGCCCGCCCACAGCUGAGCUAGUAUUUAGCUAGAAGCUAUAUAGAACCAUGUGGAUAACGAUUUAGCCCUGAGUUGUGCUUGUAGCUGGCUAGAAACUAUAGAACCGGGUAGAAAGGGAGCUUCCUUUUGUCUACAUUUUUUUUUUAAUUUAAUUUUUUACUUUUCAUUUUGAAGUAGGUUGGCAUACUGCUUCGGUGUAUGUGUUUUUGGAUGUCUGAGACGUUUAAGAGAGAACAGUUUGUUUAUUUGUACAAGGUGAGAUUAAUGGAUUUAUAAGGUUACCCUCUGGAGACACACCCCAACCAAUCACAGGCCUUUGUUACCAAAGAGAACUCUGAUGCAACUCUGCCAUCCCAUUUAGAAGACA